AUGAAUGUAUCCAAUGGAAAUGGUAGUGGCGGUGGCGUUGGCAGCAGUGGCAGUGCCUAUGAAAGCGUCAACUGCGGCAUUAUCGCAGUCAACAACGCCAUCAGCAGCAAUAGAUAUACAACGAAUAACAGCGGCAGCACAAGCAGCAGCAGUAGCAAUAAUAACAAUCACAAUGUCAAUAAUCUUCAUCCCCACACUUAUCAGCAACAGCAGCAAUAUAACCAUCCAUCACAACCACAUAAUCACCAUUAUCAUGCAGCCCACCAGUAUCAGCAGCCCCAGCAACAACAACAGCAACAGCAUAAUUUAAACAGCGCUAGUAUUAUGGGUAGUGCCAUACAUAGCAACAACAAUCAAACGCACAGCAGCAGCAGCAGCAGCGGCGGCGGUAGUGCGCUACAACGUUCAACGGAUAAUAAAUCUAGCCUCUGGUUGAUGAUGAAUGGUGGAGGUGCGACGGCUGCUGGGGUUGGAGUUGCUGCUGAUAGAGCCUUGCCACAGCCACCGCCCCACGGUCAACACUAA